CGGUAUCAGAAUUUAUUACUCUGAAGUGCGCAUUCGCAAUGCUCAAUGUAGAAAUAAACUGUAUCUUUCUACAGUACAAUGUUGCUAUUCCAAAUCUUCCGAUGUCCGUGGUUUUUAAUUAGCGUCCUUGUACCGUGUUAUGGCAGCUUACAACCGGGGUUCUCUAAACUUCAGCGCGGCCACAGACUGGACCGGAAACUGAUCCAGUCAUUCACAGAAGUCAGUUUCCUGGACUGUGUGAUAGAAUGUCUGGUUACACCACGGUGUAAAUCUGUCAACUAUUACAAAGGGGCUAAUUUCUGUGAAAUCAAUUACGAAAAUAAGACGACAGCAGAGACUAGGUACAUGGAGAGUGCUGGAUGGGUGUACAGUGAAAAGGAGCACUGGCCUCAGGAGCUGGCUGGAGCUUGUUCGAACUCAACCUGUGGAAUCAACCAGACAUGUAAACACAAGAGAUAUUCCCAGGAUAAAUUCUUUGAAUGUGUUUUGUCAGACUGUGGAAUACCCGAUCUAAAAGGAAUAGAUCUGAACACAACACGACGUGAGGACGCCAUUGGUAUACACAGGAGGAUACACGCCUCGUGUGCUGACGGAUACUCCCAGUCUGGUUCAGGGCGACUGAACUGUCAGUCAAACGGAGAGUGGAAAUCCGACAUUGUUUGUGAAGAUUUGUCAAACCAGCUGCGGAACGUUACCGUCACUGUUGGGCUGACAGAAUCAGAAGUCAACAAUGUCUGUGGUUUAUUUGCUGGUCCCGGUACUACGUCACAGCUGGUCGUUAUCAUCUGUCCGACGUCACCACAGGGGAGAUUCGUGAAGAUCUCCCAGAGAACUGAGCCUCUCACUCUCUGUGAAGUUGACGUGUUUGGUGUUCCCGUCAUAUUAUAAAUUAGUUGGUGUCAUAGAUGAAAAGUUACCGUAUAAAAAUACAUGCAUUUGUUUAAUUAUUCCGGAUAAUUUAUUAUGUAUCCCCUUUUUUCUAAUUCAGCUGAACAAGUCUGACUUUUGCCUUCAGUCAGUUCAAGCAUACAUGAAUCUUUUACGACAUACACCAUUGCAUUCAAUGUGACAUAGCACUGAAAUCUUGAAGCAGGCAGCUAUUUUUUAUUAGAACCUUUUUGUACAUGUAUUACUGUAUUGAGCUAUUGCCCUUGAUUUAUUGAUUCAUGAUGAUUUUGAUUAAUGUUUCCAAUAAUAACCAAUUAGUGUGAUGAUUAUUUGUUGUACAAUAAUAAAUAUUCUUUGUAAAUAAGUUGUUUGGCAUAAGUAGUUUUAGAUUAAGUUGGAUUAGUUUGUUUAUUUUUGAUUUUCCGUUUUAAGAUACCACGAAUUAUUCUAGGCCGGCACAUAUAUAGGAACAGUGUCAAUUACUGUUUGGGGUUAAACUUGAACAGGUACGGCUAGAUUGAGUGUGCGGACAUCCCUGCUCUUUCUAAUCUUCGUGUGAUUUAACCUACGAUACAAAGUGUGCGGUUAUCCCUGCUUUGUAUCGCAUUAAUACAAGUGUGCGGUCAUCCCUGCUUGUAUUGGUGGUGGUUGCGGCGGAGCACUUGUGUGUGGUCAUCCCUGCUAGGUUCUGGCCUUUCUAGCGCAAGUGUGCGGCACUCCCUGCUUGCGUUAGGUUGCGUUGUUGGCGCAAGUGUGCGGUCAUCCCUGCUUGCGUUAACGUUGGUACCUGUUCAGUUGCGUAGGUGUGCGGUCAUCCCUGCCUGCGUAACGUCGAGUCCCUAUAUAUGUGCAGGAGCGGUGAUUAAAGUCUGCACUUGUAAAUAUUGGCAGCAAUCAGGGCUAUCCGAUUCUAUCUCGGGUACGGGCCCGCGGGGAUCACAGGCAGUGACCCCCUUGCACGUUACAAUCUUAUACCACUGCUUUGGAAUCCGAUACCAUAACAUAUAAUCUCAUGAUUGCAAUUCAUCAUAUCAUAACAUAGCAUACAACCUGAAUUAACCCUCUUUUAUAUGAUUUAAUUUAAAAAAAGUUAAUAUUACAGAUCAAUGGUACAUUUAAGCUUCUUAUCAUUUUAGUUGAAAUGUUUUGAACACUUCUGUGCACUGCGGGUUUUUAUACAGAUGUCAUUGCAUACCAUAACAUAUCGUAUCAUUAAGCCUUUCAUUUUUAAAUAUUCAUAGCACAGCAUACAAAUUUCAUAGCAUGUUAUUUAAAAAGUAUAACAUAUCAUAAAAAUGAUAACCAUAGCAUAGCAUAAUUAUAAAAGACAUGCAUGAAAUGAUUAUGAACAUGUAUUUGUUAAAGUCUGUCCUAAGAUAUUUAUUUGGGCGAUUUUUUAUAAAAAUACACAUACCUGUGAAAUAAGUGCAGUUAAAAUAGUUGAAAGAAAUUUCCAAGAUAAUUUCAUUGACACAUUAUCAUCUUUCACUUGGAAAAAAUUACAGGAACAAAAACAGAUUCCUGACGGAAAUUUAAAAUGGGGAAUGUGUACAUCUUUUCUCCAUUCGGAAUACUCUCGGAAUACAUCGCGCAAUUUUUCAACAUUAUCAUCAGGGCUCGCUGCAAUACAAAAUCCCCGUAGACAUCACAUUUUUAAGCAUUGUAUUGGAACCUGAUAAGCUAACAGGGCAUUUUGAAUGAGAACUUUUGAAAAAAAAAUGUUACUUUUGAAUGAACAUCGUUUGAACCCUGAGGUAUUUAUAAAUAUCAAGCAAUUAAGAAAAAUAUGUAUUCAGGAUAUCUUUGGAAAGAAUAUAGUUAUGUUGCGUAAUUACUUUAUCUUAUUAUCUCAUUCAUACCACAUACACUGUAUGUAUUGACUGUGAAUCUAUCAUGUACCUUUAUAUGUAUCAACAUUUACAAAAUUCAUUCGAAUCAAUUCUUGUUUGUUUUUGUUAUGUGUUAGCAAUGUUGUGUCAAUAAAAACAACUGC